GAAGUAGUGCACGCUGGGCUGCUUUUCUUUUUAUCGCAUAACUUUCAUUUUCGCUCUUUUCGCCCCACUCUGUCUGAACGGUGUGAGUGUGUGUGUGAGUGAAUGUGUGUGCGUGCGUGCGUGUGUGAACGUGUGUGUGUGUGUGUGUGUGUGUGUGUGUGUGUGCGGUGCUGCGUGUGAGGACAUGGAGAGAGUUGAGGCGCCCUCCUAUUGGCGGAGCGCCGCCGUAGCGCGGAGCGGCCGACGCUCAACUUCUACCGCCGCCACUCCAACUGUCACCCCAGCACCACAAACCCCUCGUUUAGACGUUAACACGCGUCGACGGGACAUUGUUUUAAUGUUUGUGUUAAUUUUCAAGUCCACGGUUGUUGAGUUCCGGAGCAUAAGUUAUGAUAUCGGAUGGGUUAUCGUUGUGGCUCAUAGCAGUAGCUAUUUCGGCUAAUAUACCCAUUCACUUCCACUCCUCUGGCUACUCCGCUACUGAUAGCCGGCGAGGCUAGCUAGCUACUUGCUAGCGUAGCGGCACUUGUUCUCCUCCGGGAGGAUCGGGAGGUGCAGCUUUGUGGAGGAAGGAUAAACCCGCAGUUUAAAACACCAAAAUGCAUUUUAAGGAGGUGUGAAAUGUCCAGUAAUCCUGACAGCAGGGUCUCACGGUGUUAAACCCCCAGCCAGCAGUGCUGCAGUGGCACCCAGUUGAAAGCAAACUGGUAAGUGGUGCUAAUAGCCAGAGGAGUUCCUCUCUGAGAGAGGAGAGCCCUUCCCCUGAACACGUGCGCUUCUUUGAUGCUUCAAUUGGAUGGUCUUCCAACAGGAGCGGGUGGUAAGGCUGAACUUUGCCCUGACCCAGCUGUGAGACUGAGUGGACCCAUGAUGGAGCUCCAGAUCUUACAGGAGGCUCUGAAGGUGGAGAUCCAGGUCCAUCAGAAACUGGUGGCUCAGAUGAAGCAGGACACAGAGAAUGCUGAUCUGAAGAAACAGCUCCAUGAACUCCAAGCCAAAAUCACAGCGCUCAGUGAAAAACAGAAAAAGGUGGUGGAGCAGCUGAGGAAGGAGAUUCUGGUGAAGCAGGACCCGGAGAGCAAGCUGCCAGUCCACGGCCCACCAGGAGGGGGCGACCACAAGCUGGGAAGCCAGCCAAUGGGGGGUGACAACAAACAGGCUGGCCUUCUAGUGAGUCCCCCCGUUCAGCCUGGCCUGCCCACUGGACAACUGCAGCAGACUCUGACCGUCACCCCGGUCCUCACGAAGACGAUACCUCUGGUCCUUAAAGCUGCAGCCACACCCACCCUACCGGCCGCAGUCCUGCCACAACGUACCCCUGCCGUUGCUAUGGUAACCACAGCCAUCAGCAAAUCGGACUCCAUGAAUGCCCCAAUAAACCUCCAGGUCACCGGCAAACCGACCAAUCAGAUCUCUGAGCCGGUGCGCCUCGUGGUGCAGGCUACCGCCAACUCCUCAGCCCAGCCAAUCAAAGUUCCUCAGUUUGUCCCUCCUCCUAGACUGACGCCUCGGCCCUCUUUACAGCCACAGGUCCGCCCCAAGUCCGUCCCGGUCACCAACGUGGCCAUCGCCCCAGCCCCGCCCCCCAUGAUGGCGGCGCCCGCGCUGCACCAGAGGCCUGUGAUGGUGGCCGCCAAGAUCGGGCCCUCCUCCGUCACCCCCAUCCACCAGCUGCGCAUCCUCAAUGGCCAGACCCCACCCACCACCCUGACGGGCAUCGUCAUCACCACCAGCGCCCGGCUAAACACCGCCCCCCACGGCGCCACACAGCCAAUCGGGAGUCCGGCGCCGCCCCCUCCCAGCUCCACACAACCAAUCAGCAGCCUGGACGCGGCCAAGAUGGUGAAGUUGGUGGGAGGACGAGAGCUCAAGACUGUAGUCUCCACCCCCUCUGUAACCCCGCCUCCCCGACAAAAGAGGGAGGAUAAUCCACAGAAACUGGCCUUCAUGGUGUCUCUGGGGCUGGUGACCUACGACCACCUGGAGGAGAUACAGAGCCGGCGGCAGGAGAGGAAACGCAGAACCACAGCCAACCCGGUGUACAGCGGCGCUGUGUUCGAACCCGAGAGGAAAAGAAGUGCAGUGAGCUAUCUCAACAGCCCUCUUCAUCAAGGGACCAGGAAAAGAGGUCGCCCACCCAAACACACCAACGUGCCGGAGCUGUGCAGCCUCACCCCGACUCCCCCCUCCAUCACGGCCCCCGACCAGCCCUCCCCCGCCCCCCCAGCCCACACCCUCCCCCUGCCUAGCCCCGCCUCCGGGGAUGGAGACGUCCAUGAGGACUUCUGCACUGUGUGCAGGCGCAGUGGGCAGUUGCUCAUGUGCGACACGUGUUCGCGUGUUUACCACCUGGACUGCCUGGACCCCCCGCUGAAAACCAUUCCUAAAGGCAUGUGGAUCUGUCCCAAAUGUCAAGAUCAGAUCUUAAAGAAAGAAGAGGCCAUCCCAUGGCCUGGCACCCUGGCCAUCGUUCACUCCUACAUCGCCUACAAAGAAGCUAAAGAGGAAGAGAAACAGAAGCUGAUGAAGUGGAGUUCUGAGCUAAAGAUGGAGCGAGAACAACUGGAGCAGCGAGUCAAACAGCUCAACAACUCCAUAACAAAAUACAUGGAAAACAAAAACAACAUGCUGGCCCGUCAGAAGGAGAUGAGCCAGGCCCUGGAGAAGGUCAAACAUCUGGUCCGUCUCAUCCAGGCCUUCAACUACAACAAGGCUCUUUUGGAGACGGAGCCCAUUGUCCCCACGGUGCAGGUCCCCGCAGUGCUGGUCCCCACCGCGCAGGUCCCCACCGCGCUGGUGCCCACCGUGCAGGUCCCCACCGCGCUGGUGCCCACCGUGCAGGUCCCCACCGCGCUGGUGCCAAGCGUGCAGGUGCCCACCGCGCUGGUGCCCAGCAUGCAGGUGCCCACCGCGCUGGUGCCCAGCGUGCAGGUGCCCACCGCGCUGGUGCCCAGCGUGCAGGUGCCCACCGCGCUGGUGCCCAGCGUGCAGGUGUGCAGCGCGCUGCCCACCGUGCAGGUGUCCAGCACGCUUCUGCAUACCGCGCAGUUGCCCAGCGCGCAGUUGCCCAGCGCGCAGUUGCCCAGCGCGCAGUUGCCCAACGCGCAGCUGCCUACCGCGCAGCCCCCCACCGCGCAGCCGCCUACCGCGCAGCCCCCUACCGCGCAGCCCCCUACCGCGCAGGUCCCUACCGCGCAGGUCCUCACUGUGCAAGUCCCAACAGCGCAGUUCCCCAACUCGCAGGUCCCCGUCGCGCAGGUCCCCGUCGCGCAGGUCCCCGUCGUGCAGGUCCCUGUCGCGCAGGUCCCUGUCGCGCAGGUUGUCCCCCUCGCGCAGGUCGCCCCCGUCAAGCAGGCCAUCCCCACCGCGCAGGUCCCCACCGCGCUGGUCUUUGUGGCAGAGGUCACUACAAGGCUUGUCCCCGUCGCGGAGGUCCCCGCCACACAGGUCCCCGCCACGGAGGUCCAACCUCCUGUAGAAACGGAGGCCAGUGUCCCCCCCGCAGAGCCCCCGGCGGUGGCGGUGGAGUCGGGGGAGGCUGCGGUCGCAGCCCCGCGGCCCUCUGCUGUGGCCCGACCAGCGGAGCAGGAGGAGGUCCGGGACCCCAUCCCUCAGAUACACGUAGAGACCAGCGGGGCGCGCCCUGAGGAGGACGACCCCCAGGGGCCCGGGGGGCCCGCUGUAGAGACCAAGGCGGGGCCGGGCGGCUCGGAGGCGGCUGCCACCACCAACGGUACGGCCGAGUCCGCCGCUCACGGGGCCGGCGCGGCCCCCAGGGCGGAGGGCACCUCGGGGGCCUGCGGGGCCUCAGAGGCGGCGCCAGAGGUAGAGGCGACCGACGGCAACAACAGCAAAACCUCAGCGUCGCGCCGCCCCCCCCUCCUGGACCCACUCUGUACUCUGGACACUAAGAAGUAACGGGUUCCCCGACAUAUAUAAAAGAAGACUUUCUGCUUGCACCUUAGGGUGCCCUGAAGUUGCCAAUCUGUAUAAAUGUUGUUUGUUUGCAUCGUAUUGUCAGACUGUGUCAAUGGUAGAUAUACAGCCCCACGAAAGGGCUCUGGGAAGGUAGACGAGGUCGUCAUGCCAAUUAGAGGAGGAGAUGGACUCUCUCACCACACCAGUCUGUGCCUGCUCUGACAGACCGGGUUCAGCAGGGCACGGCUCCAUGGAAUGGGGGUCCAACCAGGGUCGGUGGUAUCUGGUCUGGACCCUGACACCUGGAGCCAGAGAGGAGCUCCGGUGGUCUGAAGCAGCAGUAUUAGUUCUGCCCCAACCACCCUGCAUCAACCAACCGUCUCCUGAAUAAUGUGACCGACUCCCCACCACCCAACACAUCAGCCACUAGGUCCUGGUAUCCUAGAGGCCUCUGCCCUGAUCCCUAGAGGCUGGGUCCUGAUCCCUCGAGGCGGGCCCCAAGGCCGGGUCCUAGAGGCCUAGGUCCUGAUCCCUAGAGCCUGUGUUGCUGAGGACUGGGUCCUAGAGGCCGGGUGGUUGAGGAUGGUGUGUGUCCAUGUGAGUGUUAGCCUACAAGUUGUUUUCAGUGAUGUUGGUCCAGUGUAGUGAUUGAGUUUCAUUUGUGAGUCAAGUGUCAACUGUGAGCACUAAAUGUGAAAUUGCAAUAUUGCAAUGACAACACAAAACUAUUUCUGGGCUGUGUUUCUUUUUAAAGGAAAACGUAUUCAGGUCUUCCUAGUUUUCAGAAUAAGUGCUUUUGUUCCGGAGCCUGAUGGACCGGCGUGGUUAUUACGAAGGAAUCCUCUUUACAAGCGGAGAACUUUGUCCUCGCAUACCUUUUUGUUAAAUUCUCAACUGCCAAAAUCCAAUGCAUCUAAAUCCAGCAGGGAUUGGCUGACGGGCUGACUGAGAGGAGCUCGUGCAUUAUGGGAAGAGGAGUCUACUGUCUGAGAACCCAGAGAUCACUCCCCAUACAUAGAUAUAGAUAUAUCUAUGUCUAUAGAUAUGGAGAUGACUAUGUCUAUAGAUAUAUCAUAUCGUCUGGAGAUUAAAGCACAAGCUUGCUGCAUAUUCCACCCAGUGCUGAGAGCCUUUUGUACAUUGAGGAGCUGCCGUAAGCCCCUCCCUUUGUCAUGUGACCCCAGCCGCCACACACACACAUUGCCAAUAUUUUUCUAGAAGGGAAUUCCCCCCCCCCCCCCCACCCAACACGUGUCUGAGGAUCAUUAGGUUGAUUUAGACCCCCCCCCCCCCUUGAUCAUCUCUGUGUGGUCGAAGAAGCACUGACAUCAUGGAGGCAGAAUCAGUGAGCAGAGCGGAUCACAUCUACUGGUACCACUGGUGUCUACUGGUUGUAUUACUAGUAUAUACUGGUUGUAGGAUUUGUGACUAGUCUCCCGCUCUACUGAUGGUGCCUUGCGAUGCAAUGCACUCUGGGAAAUUAAGUUUCAUAAAACAAAUGUACUUUUUUCCACCCUCAAGGUAUUCCCCCCCCCCCACAUACAUGACUUUGAUGAGGUUAUUUUUUGUUUAAUUUACGUUAAUUUUCUAUAGAAGAAAUUCCAUUUUUUUAUCGGCUGUUUGAUCAGCUCCCCGUUCUUCAUAUCAUGUCACCGCAGCGCUCAGUGUUCGACUAGCCUGGCCUUGAUAUCUGCUGCUCCUGCUCUGGGCUCCACUGCUGGCACUGUAAAGACGAGUACGUUCCCCAAUGAAAUUCUACCUGGAAGUUAGCACAUUAUCAAUUCCAUUACGUUUCUUUUAUCCAGCCUGGGUUUGGAUGUCUGAGUAAUUCCUAAAUAUGGCAGAUGGAUCAAAUGUUCAGGGUGUGGAGGUUGCCAGAUUGGACCACAUUCCCCCCUCUGCUCCUCCCUCAGUAGGUACCCGGAGUGCCUUCCUCACACGGCAGAUAAAACACUGUGACCACGCCCCCUGGCUAGGCUCCUCCCCGUCACCAGUCCACUGGACCAGUCCGACCGCUCAGUGUUGUUGCCUUACAUCCAUCUGAUUGGUUAUCGUCACCAGUCCUCUGAGUCGCUCACUGACUGCAGCACUUUUCCUUUGCCCAGUAUUACAGUCUCCGAUUCGGCUCUGUGUAUAUACAUGUGUGUAUGUAUGUAUAGGUGUAUAUAUCUAUAUAUAGAUAUAUAUAGAUAUGUCUUCUCUAUUCUGCCUCUGUAUACGAGUCCAGAGAGCCCCCCCCAACACUGCGGUUAGCGUACCCCUGGGUUAGCGUACCCCUGGGUUAGCCAACCAUUUGUAAUAAGCAGAUGGCGUUUGAACCCAACCAGGUCAGCUGUAUUCUCAGUCCGAUUGAACGCAUGCCUUCUUAUGCAAGUUUUUAUACAUUUGUCGAAGCGGUUGAAAAUACAUUAUGCUUUAUCUUUGUUUCUAAAGUUUUGUAAAGUUGUCAAGAGGAUGAACGGUCGGACAUCGUAGUGUGACAACAGUCUCAAUUUAACUUCCCUAACGCAGCAGUGUCGCUACAUUCCACCCAGUCUGAAUGGACCUAGCUUCACUCAUUGGCUUUGCUAAUUCUAUAUUCCACAGUGAGAUCAGAAGUAGUUCUAGAAACAAGUGAGACAAGAUGUGAAUCUGAUAUAUCCAAAGAGUUCUGCAGGGUUGUUGAGGCCUCUAUGUAUGCGCUACAUAUCAGCCGCCGCAGAGCAGCUAGCCCUGGUCCUAGCGCUCACUGCUCGUGGAAUAGAGGGAGUUCAAAUCUUUAUGCAUACAGACAUUGUUCAACACCACUUCCUGAGCCCAGUCCGUGUUCCUGGAGCAUCUUGUAAAGUCACCAUUUAUUAGUUGAAAUAAUCCAAGUCAUGAUUGUGGCCUUCUAGUAUUGUUAAACAUGACAUAUCCCUUAUCCUCACCCUUAGACCCUCCUCUUUACCCUAAGCCCCUCCUCCUUCCCCUUAGACCCUCCUCCUUCACCUUAGACCCUCUGCCCUACCCUUAGACCCUCCUCCUUACCCUCAGACCCUCCUAACCCUUAGAACAAUCCUCAUCCUUGGAACUCUCCUCAGCCUUAGAACCAUCUUAACCCUUAGAACUCGACUCUUCAUCACUACAGACUCACACCUGACUUGAGUCCCCUCCCCAGCCUUAGAACCGGCCCCUGAACCUUUAGAACCCGCUCCCCCAGUUCUCUGCUCCUCGUCGCUCGGCUCCUCUCGUCUCCGGUUCCUCUUGGGGUCGGGGGGCAAAAACAGAUCUUUUUUUCCAUCUUCCGUUGGGUGAGAUGCAUUGUAGCGAAACGAAUAAAGAGAAGUUCACCGUGGUGUGCUGACUAAUGUGUAAAUUGUUAAUUACACAGUAUGAAUAUUUGUAUAAUUGUUUGUAUUUUUUUCAUGAUCUUUUGAAAGGAAUGUGUUCGUUUGUGUCUUCUGUUGGCCUGACAUUGUGACUGGUCCGGUGGACAUUACCUCUGGGGAGUGUUUAGGAAUACUGUAGGGACAUGGGAAGACCUUAAUAUUAGGAGCAUUUGAUCAAUUUGUAUUUAUUUAUUUUACCAUUUUGUUAAUAAAUUGUGAAAAGCGAA